GUGGGAGUCGUCAGGCCGGUGCACGACUGGAUGAUCAGCCUCUCCAGCUCCGGCGACGCCAGCUUCAACAGACCCACGUCCGGGGACGUCAGUACGUCCAGGGCCUUGGAUCCCAGGUCCUUAUGGCAGAAAGCAGUUAUUUCGUGGGAGUGGACGUGGGCACUGCCAGCGUGCGGGCUGCACUGGUGACCAAAGGGGGCGCUGUGGAGCGGACUGCCGAGGAGCCCAUCAGCAUUUGGGAGCCCCACUGUGACCACUAUAUCCAGUCCUCAGCUGAGAUCUGGGACAAAUGCUGCAAAACUGUCAAGAGCGUAACCCUCACUGUGGACAGGAGCCGGAUACGAGGAAUUGGUUUUGAUGCCACCUGCUCUUUAGUAGUUUUGGACCAGAACUUUCAGCCUGUGGCAGUCAGUCAGGAUGUUGACAAUGAAAGGAACGUGGUGAUGUGGAUGGACCAUCGUGCUGAGGAGCAGGCCGCUCGUAUUACCGACACUGGCCACAGCAUCCUCCGCAGGGUUGGAGGGGUCAUGUCUCCAGAGAUGCAACCCCCUAAACUUCUGUGGCUCAAAGAGAAUCUAACAGUAACCUGCUGGAACAAAGCUGCUCAUUUUUUUGACCUUCCAGACUUUCUGUCGUGGAAGGCAACAGGCUCUUUGACAAGGUCUUUAUGUACUCUGGUAUGUAAAUGGAUGUUUUGCCCCCCAGAUGGAUGGGAUGCCAGUUUUUGGACAACCAUUGGACUAGAGGACCUCCUGGAAAAUAACUUUUCAAAAAUAGGCAGCAAGACAUGUUCUCCGGGGAGUCCAUUGGGUCAGGGACUCACCCAGGAGGCAGCAGCAGAUUUGGGUUUGGACCCUGGAACUGCAGUUGGUGCUUCUCUGAUAGACGCUCAUGCUGGAGGUCUAGGUGUGAUAGGUGCAGAUGUGAAAGGCUUUCAAUUGCCAUGUGAGGGUCAGCCAAUCACCUCACGCAUGGCGGUAAUAUGUGGGACGUCGUCCUGUCACAUGGCAAUCAGCCAGCAGCCUGUGUUUGUACCAGGAGUGUGGGGCCCCUACAUGUCUGCCAUGGUGCCCGGCUUGUGGCUCAACGAGGGAGGACAGAGUGCUACAGGGAGGCUGAUUGACCACAUGGUGAAGGGCCAUGCAGCCUACGCCCAGCUCCAACAACAGGCCCAGCAAAGUGACAAGAACAUCUACAGAUACCUCAACAACCACCUGAGUAUGAUGAGUAAGGCACAUUCUCUUGUGGAUUGCCUGGGUUCCAGUCUUCACGUGUGGCCAGAUUUCCACGGUAACAGAUCACCUCUGGCUGACCCCACCUUGAAGGGCAUGGUGAUCGGACUCUCUCUUUCUCACACAUUGGAUGACCUGGCUCUGCUUUAUUUGGCCACCAUUCAAGCCCUCGCUCUUGGUACACGCCAUAUACUGGAAGUUAUGUCAGAUGCAGGACAUGACAUCAGAACCCUCUUCCUGUGUGGAGGGUUGAGCAAAAAUCCCCUGUUUGUACAGAUUCAUGCCAAUGCCACAGGAUUACCUGUGGUGUUGCCAGAUCAGAUGGAUGCUGUGUUAGUUGGAGCAGCUGUCCUGGGUGCAUGUGCAUCACAGGACUACAACACUAUUCAGGAAGCGAUGGAGAAAAUGGCUAAAGUUGGAAAGGUUUUACACCCGGACCAUGAACUACAGAGCUUUUAUGAGAGCAAGUACAAGGUGUUCCUGCGCCUGUUCACCCACCAGAGGGAGUACCAGACCCUCAUGAAGCAGAUCUGAAGCUGCAGCAGGGAUGCUGUGAUGACAUCCACAGGCUAGAUCACUCUGAUCACUCGUCAGUCAGUCCACUUUAUUUUAUAAUCUGGACAAAAUGUUUUCUGAUAAUGUUGAGUUCGAUUGGGUUCCGUUGUCUGCUAUUAUGAUGUGGUGGGAACGCCAUGAGAGCAGAG